AUGCGUGGAAUUUCUGGUUAUCACAUCAUGAUAGUCUCGAAGUACCUCAAAACUAUCAACGACUUUAUUAACUUGAAGUUGGUGUGCAAGAAGUUUGGUGGUAAUAUGGAGAAGUUCCAUUUUAACCCGAUUCCGUUGAAUUCCAAAACACUUGGAUACUUUCCAAACAUUGAAACAUUUCACUUGUGGGAUGUAAAUGGUGAGAAUUUUGGCAAUGGAUUUAUGAUCAACAAAAGACAAAAUGGAAAUUGUGAAAAUGAAAUUGUUUUAAAUAGAGAGUUCUUUCGAAUCAUUGUGUGGUUCAAUGUUGACUUUGAAACUUUUGACAGAAACAAAAGUCGAAACAUCGAGUUUAAAAAUGUUACUUACACUCAAAAUGAUCGAAAGAAAUUUGGUAAUAACAUACCAUUAAGUGUUAAAUCAAUUGGUGAAUAUUGUUUCUAUGAAUGCGAUAGUUUGAGCAGUGUUUACAUACCAUCAAGUGUGAGAUCAAUUGGUUAUUAUUGUUUCAGUAGAUGCUAUAGUUUAAGCAGUGUUACAAUAUCAUUAAGUGUCACAUAUAUUAAUGAUUAUUGUUUUCACGAAUGUUUCUUAAUAGGUGAUUUGUUAAUGAGAGGUUUUAUUGUAAAUAAUUAA